UGUCCUGGCUCGCUCUUUUGCCCUGCUGGAGCGAGCGAAAGUUGCAAGCACCCGGGCUGCCUGAGGGCGUGUUGGAGCUGCCGGUUGCAGCGCUGGGAAAGACGCAUGGCUUCUUCUGCCACUGCUCCGCUGAAGAGAGUCCGAGUUCGGGAGGCUCUGGCUGCGCUGCUGGUCCCUCGAACGGGCCUCCGAGGAAUCCAUCGGGUCAGUGCUCUACGAACUGGUGCCACACCUUUAGCAAACAAAAGCUAUCUCAAUGGGGUGUCGGACAUCCCACUUCUCUCCAAAACUCUGGAUCAAUGCCUGGAGGAGACAACCCACCGAUAUCCUGAGCGAGAAGCCUUGGUAUUCUCUACAGAAGGGAUUCGAAAGACUUUUGCCCAGUUUAAACAAGAUGUGGAGUUGGCAGCAGCGGGGCUUCUGGCCCUUGGCUUGAAAAAAGGUGACCGAUUAGGAAUGUGGGGUCCUAACAAAUAUGAGUGGGUCCUAAUGCAAUUUGCCACCGCCCAGGCAGGAGUCAUCCUGGUUUCUGUGAACCCAGCCUAUCAAUCCCAUGAGCUGGAGUUUGUGACGAAGAAGGUUGGCUGCAAAGCAUUGGUAUUCCCUACGCAGUUUAAAACACAGAAAUACUAUGAGAUCUUGAAGCAUGUUUGCCCUGAGUUGGAACAAUCUAGUCCAGGAGCAUUAAAGAGCAAGAAGCUCCCAGAUCUUUCUGUGGUAAUCAGUGUGGACUCCAAACUGCCUGGGACAUUCUCAAUGGACGAUGUGAUGCAGGCUGGAGACAGCAGGCAUAAAAAGCAGCUACAGGACAUACAGAGGACACUGGAUUACAAGGAACCCAUCAACAUCCAGUUCACCUCAGGAACAACAGGAAGUCCCAAAGGGGCUACACUUUCUCACUAUAACAUUGUGAAUAAUGCAAACCUGAUUGGUAUAAGAAUGCGAGUCAAUGAUGGGGAUGCCCGCUGUUGUCUUCCUGUUCCUCUCUACCACUGCCUGGGGUCUGUGGCAGGCUGCGUGGUGAUGGCUAUUCACGGCGUCUCUCUUGUCUUCCCAUGUCUAAGUUUUGAUGCAAAAGCCACGCUGAAGGCACUGGACCAUGAAAAAUGCACCCAUCUCCACGGCACUCCAACCAUGUUCAUAGAUAUGCUAGGCCAGCCUGAUUUUGCCAACUACAAUCUCUCAAAUCUUCGGGGAGGAGUCAUUGCAGGCUCGCCAGUGCCUCCUGAAGUCAUGAAAAAGAUCAUCAAGAACAUGAAUAUGCGGGAGAUUGUGGUGGCUUACGGCACUACAGAGAACAGUCCUGUCACUUUCAUGGGGUUCCCUCAAGACAACAUUACUCAGAAAACAGAGACUGUUGGAUGUAUCUUCCCUCACACAGAGGCAAAAAUUGAGGAUCCCAACACAGGGGAAGUCCUCCCAAUCAACAACCCAGGAGAACUUCAGGUUCGAGGCUACUGUGUCAUGCUGGGAUACUGGGGAGAUCCCAACAAAACCAAUGAAGUGCUGAAUGAUGAGAAAUGGUACAAGACUGGGGACAUUGCUGUUCUUGACGAGCAUGGCUACUGCAAGAUUGUUGGUCGCUGCAAGGACAUGAUCAUCCGAGGCGGGGAAAACAUAUACCCAGCGGAGCUUGAACAAUUUCUGCACACCCACCCUAAGAUUCAUGAAGUGCAGGUAGUUGGUGUGAAAGAUGAGCGAUUGGGAGAGGAGAUCUGUGCCUCCAUCAGAGUGAAAGCUGGAGAGGAGUGCACAGCAGAGGAACUCAAGGCAUUUUGCAAAGGAAAGAUUGCUCACUUCAAGAUCCCUCGAUACAUAGUGUUUGUGAAGGAUUUUCCACUCACUGUCUCAGGCAAGAUCCAGAAAUAUAAACUGAAGGAGCGGAUGGAGAUGCAUCUUCAGCUCUGAACAGGGUGGGGUAACCCAAGAGAACCAACGUGAACGUGCCUUCUUCGUAAUUCAGCUCUUAGCAGUUAGGGAGCUUGCUGUCCCCAGCCUGUCUUAAGAUGCACCAGGCUGCUUGUAGCCAAGUCCAGUCUGCUUAAAAUAAUGCUCCUUCCACGCCUUUUUUAAAAAAUAAUAAUAAUGAAAAACAACCCUGUUUCUUUAUUAGAUAUUGUGUCUUGCGUAAAGAAAUCCAUGGCAAACAUGCUAGGACACAUUUUGUUAUUAAAUCAAAUGGGGUAUCUGUCUCUGAGAAUAGUAUCCAGAAUCAUGAUCUCCUCCAUCCAGUAAAGAUGACCAUAAGAACAUUUUCAUUGCUCCUGAUGACAUUGCAGUAAAUCGAGCAGGGGUUAGAAUCCUGCCUAUCACUUUG